AUGACGACUGUAAAUUUAAAAAGCAGUAUUGAUAGUACAAUUGAAAUAUGCAGUGAUAAAACACAACUUAAUAUUGUAGAGAAUAAUGUAGAUAAUUUUUUAAGUGAUCGAUUAAAAAAAAAAAGAAAAGACAUAAAUAAUAAUUAUUAUAGAAAUAAUAAUAAUAAAAAUAUAAAAAUAGAAAAUUAUAAUAAUACAUGUGAUUAUAAUAAAAUAUUAAUGAAUGAAAAAAAAUUUAUAAAUUUAAACAAUAUUUCUAAUAUAGAAUAUAAUUACAAUGAAAAUAGUAAAAUAGCAUCCCAAUAUAUUAACACAACUUACGAUAAAAAUUUGAAUAUUCUAUCAAAAAAAAAUAAUAAAGAUAAUAAUAGUGAUAGUAGUAGUAUUAGCCAUCAUAGAAAUCAUAUUAAUAUUGAAAAAAAUUAUAAAGGAGUUGAUAAUAAUUUAUGUGAUACCACGAAUUAUUUUAGUAAAAUAAGCAAGAAUAAUUUUGAUAGAACUAAUAAUGUUAAUAAUUAUGAAGAAAUAAAAAAUGGCUAUAGUGAUAAAGAGCGAACACAGCUAGCUCAAAUAAUGAUUACACAGAAUAGUCAAGAUGUAGCAUGUACAAAUGAUAUAAGCAUGUGUAAUAGUUAUGUAAAAGAAAAUAAUAUGGCUAGUUGGUAUGGUGUGAAUACCACUUUUUGUGAAUUAGACAAGGGAAAUAAUCAAACUAAUGAUGUAAAUAAUAUAAGCCCAAAAUUGGUUAGCAAUAUUAACUAUACAUGUGAAGAUACUGAAUAUUAUAUAAAUAGAGAUAAAAAUAAAUUUGAAAAAAAUUUGAAUGAAAUGGCCAAUUUAAAUAGCACAGUAAAUUGUAAUGAUAAUAAUGGAAAGGAGAAUGAAGAAGAUGGAUCAGAAAAAUUAAACAAUUUAAAUGAAUUAAAAAAUUCUGAAAAAUAUAUUGAAAGUUAUUUACAUUCUAUUUUAAAAGAUUUUAAGACAACUUGUUUUUAUUUUCCUUAUCUUCAUUAUUAUGAUAAAAAAAUAUGUGAGCAAAAAGAAGAUAAUAUUUUAAACAUAUGUAAUCAUUUUUUAGAAUAUUUUCAUACGAAUAUAAAAAUAAAAAACAAAAUUAAUAAUUUAAAAAAAAAAUUUAUAUAUUCUACAUUAUAUGAAAAAAUGGAAUAUAUUAGUGAUUUUCAAUUUUUAAAUUUAUCACAUAUUAAUACAGACAAUUUUAAGGAUAAAUUUCUUGAACUAUUAGAAAAAUAUUUACAAAAAAAAAAAAAAAAAAAAGAACAAAUUUAUUACAAAAUUAAUUUAUUUCGUAAAAUGGAAAAAAAAAUGUUUAAACUAAAAGAAAAAUGUGUAGAAAAUAAUUUGCUUCAAUUUCCGAUAACAAAUAUAGAUAAAUCAUUGUCUACACAUAAUGAAAAUCCAAGCAACGAGUCUAAAAAUAUUUCGAGCUUAUAUAAAAAUGUAGAAAACCCCAAAUGGGACAGCGAUAUAACUGAUAAACUACCAUCUUAUUGUAUAUCUUAUGAUAAAAAUAGAGUGAUGAAUUACAUUGAUGAAUUAAUUAAAAGUAGUGUACUUAAUUUUGGUCAUUUAUUUAAUUCUAAAUUGAAUGAAAAAAUAAGUAUUAAUUGUGAUAAUAUGAAACCCUUUGAAAGAAUAAUAAUUAACAAUCUUUUUUUUUACAAAAAUAAAAUCAAUAAAAUGUUUUAUUAUCUAUAUAUGCAUAAUGUUAUAAAUAAAUCGUUGCAGUUUAUGCAACCCAAAAUAUUAUGGAAUAUAAAUACUAGCAAUGAUAAAAAUAAAAAAGUAGAUAAAUUUGAAAUGGAUGAAAAUAGUCCCUUUUCUUCAGAGAAUGAUCAAGCCAAAAAUAAAAUUAUGUUUUUUUACAAAUCAAAAAAAGAACAAUUAGAAAAAAAUAUAGACACAUUUAUUUCAAAAUUAGCAGGACACACUAAUACUGAAGAUCUGAUCAAAAAUAAUGACAAACUUAAUAAUGAAAUAAAAAAAAGUAUAAAUUAUAAAAGUGAUAGAUUAAAAUUGUCAGCAGAUUUACAAAUAAUUUAUGAUGCUUAUUGUAAUGGAGAAGAAAUAAUUGUAGCUAAAAAUAAAAAUACAUUAUUAAAUAAUAAAAAAAAUUAUAAACAUUUUAAUGUUAUAUCAAAAGAAACAGUUUUUGACUUUUAUGAUAGUAUUCAAAAAUGUAACAUAAAUAAAGACAAGUUUUAUACAAUGGGUAUGGAUAUAGAGAAAACAAACAAAUUAGAAAAUAUAAAUCAAAUACAAAAUAAUACAUUUAAUAUGGGUACUAUAAAUUAUUUUAAUGAUACAAACAUUUCAAAUAAUUUAAGAAUAAUGUCUCUUCAGCCAUCAUAUAUGUGUGGGAUAUAUAGUACAUUUUUUAAUGAUCCUAUAAAUAAUAGUAGUUAUUCUAAUUUAUUAGACAAUCCUUAUUUAUUUAAUCAAAAUUAUGAAAAUCUAGGGAUAGAUUAUUAUGAUAGUUACAAGGAUUCAAAAAAUAGUUACAUUAAUAAUAUUAGUAACGAUUUUUCUCGUAACGGUGAAAAAAAAUAUUUCAAUAAUAUGGAUCCAUAUAAUUUAAAUAAUUCAUGCCCAAAUGAAAGUUAUAACAACCUAUAUUUUUAUAAUCAAAAUAAUUGUCUUUUAAAUAAUUCGGGUAUAAAUAUUAUGAAUGAAGAUAAUAAAAUUAAUAAUAUGUGUGUAGAUAAAAAUGGAAAUUAUACAAACAUGAAAUAUUUUGAUGAUAAUUAUUAUAAUAUUCAAACUUCUUCAAAUAAUGGAAAUACUAUUUAUUGUAACGGGGCAUUUAGCACCGACAUUCAUAAUAAUGCAAACAGUGGUAACACUGAACAAGGAAUGGAAAAUCAACAAAAUGAUUGUAAUUAUAAUACAACAAAUUAUAACUCAAUAAACCUUUUUGAUAAAAAUCCUUAUAGUAUUUACAAUAGCUCAAAUAACACUUUUUCAUUUCAAAAAAAUCCAAAUGAUAAUAAUUUGGAUUGUCAAAAUGUUUUAGAAAAUAUGGCAAUAAGUUCCAAUUUUGUAAAUGAUAUAAAUUUAAAAAAUAAAAAUAUACUAAACACAAAUCAGUUUUGUACCUAUUCUCCUUAUUAUGCUAAUAACCUAGGUCAGCAAUAUAAUCAUAGUAACAUAGCAAAUCCUUAUAAUUUUUCAAAUAUAGGAAAUAUUGCAGGUGGUAUUUCUUACAAUAUUAACAGUGGUGAUCAUAUUAUUCAAAAUAAUGAUAUAGAUAAUUAUGGGGAUGAAAAGGGGGGUUCUCAAACUGAUAUAGUGACAAAUGAUAUAGGGACAAAAAAUGAGAGCUUACAAAAUAAUGUAGAAAUAAAUGAAGGUAAUAAUAUAGAAGUAGAGGAAGAAAAACAUAAAUGUGAUGGUAAAGAAGGUGGAUUAUUUUCAGAAAAUAAUAGUAAAUAUUAUGGUAUGAAAGGGAAUAGAAUGCACAGUGAAACAAACAAUAGUAAUAAUAUCGCAUAUAAUUACCCUAGUCUUAAUUGUAAAAAUGAAUCCAAUAGUAGAGAUAAAAUAAUAAUUCAAGAAGAAAAUUGCAGAAAAUAUUUCGAAGAAAAAUGUGAAAAAAAAUUUGAAAACAAAAAUGGCAAAAACAGAACUUCCAAUGAAGGGAAAGGAAGCCAAAGAAUUGUCAAUAAUAAGAAUAGUGAAAAUGUAGAUGUAUAUAAUAAUUAUAAAUAUUUUGAAAAUAGUUAUAAUAUAAUAAAUUCUGUAGAUAAAGAUGUAGGAGGUAAUUUCAUGAGUGGAUAUAAUUUUAAUGAAAAUUUGCAAAAGAAUAAAUGCAAUGAUGAUAAUGCAUAUAUGUGUAAUAUGGGUAAGAACGAUAUAAAAAGUUCUGAACAAAAUAAUAAAUAUGAAGAAGCAAAUAAUUUUAACGGGGUUAGAAAAAAUGGGGAUCUGGAUAAUAAUUUUAAUAGCACUCAUGAAGUAUUAAAUAAUUCCAUUGAUAAAAAGAAAAAUAAUAUACACACCGCUUCUAUUGAAGAAGAUUUUUUUAAUACUAAUAUAAAAAAAAAUAAUAAUAAUGAAAAUAAUAUAAAUAUAAAGAAAAAUAUUGAUAAUGAUAAAAUUAUCUUAAAUACCAAAGCCUGUAAUAAUAAUAGUAUUAAUACUAUUAUUAACACCGGUAAUAAUAAUAUUUUAAAUAUAAAUGAAGAUUCUACUUCAACUAUUAGCCAUAUAAAUAAUACUAGCGAAAUUAUUUUAAAUAAAGGUAAUAAUCUUUCUAUUGAUAAAUGCCUUUUUAAUACUACCGUCCACGGUAAUAGUAGAGCGAACACUUAUACCCCUAUUGGUGGAUCACCCCAAGAUACCUUUGACAAUAUGAACAAUGUCAAGAGUAUAAAUAGUAGCAAGACUGUAAAUAGUAAUAGCUACUUUGAUAUUUCUGGGUAUAAAAUAAAUGGAUAUUCUGUAAAUAAUUAUGAAAAUAAGUUUAGUAAUAAUGAAUAUUUUCUGAACAGCACACCAAAUGGUGAAAUAAUAAAUAAUGUAAAAACUAAUUGUAGUGCUGGUAAAAUUGGUAAUUUUACAAACACACAAAAUGCAAAUAAAAUUAAAACAAAUAUAAAUAGUAUAUUAAAUAUAAAUAUACUAAAUAAUCAUAAUAAUAUUAAUAGUACAUCCCAGAAUACCAAUAGUGCCCUUAAUAAUAACACCUUUAGUAAUAAUAAUAAUUAUGAUAAUGUAGAUCAUAAUAAUUUUAAAGGUGAGAUAAAAAAUAAUAGAAUGAAUAUGUAUUACAAUAAUGAUAAUAGAUAUAAUAUGAUUAAUGAUGGAAAUAUUAUAAACGUAAAUCAAAUAAAUCCAUUUUAUUGUAUGAACUAUGUAAAUACCCCUACUGAUUAUAAUAAUAAUAAUGAGGGUAACAAUUUUAGGGGUAUGAUUCCAAAUAAUGAUACAAAUAAUAAUCAAAAUGAAAAAGCAAACUAUAUAGAACAAAAAACACCAAAAAAGAAAGGGAGAAAAAGUAAAAAAGAAAUCAAUUACAAUGAUAGUAAUACUAUUAUUUUGGACGGUGCAAAAAAUAAUAGUAGUAGUAAUACUAUAAGUACUAUAGGGAAUUCAGAAAGUUAUGAAGGAAUUGUAAACAAAUAUAAUAACACACCAAUAAUGAAUAAAAUCAUAAAUCCUUAUCAAAAUGUUAAUAGGUAUGAAAAUGAGAAUAUAGGUGGGAAUGGGCUUGAACAACCACCUUAUAACACUUAUAAUUUAAAUGAAUUUAUGCACCCUUCGAUUCAUAAUAAUACAAAUGUUGAUAUAAAAAAUAUAGGAAAUCCAGAAAUACGAAGUAAUAUAAAUAUGUAUAAUUACAAUGAAAAUAAGAAAGAUAAUAUGGAUGUGCAAAACGAAAUAAAUAAUAUGCAAUACAGUAAUAAUGGUAUGAUUGGUCAUUAUAACUAUUAUAGGAAUACGGUCGAUAGUAAUAUAAAUAAUAUUAGUAAUAAUAAUAUGACAAAUAAUUACACUGUUUAUCCAAAUGAAUUCAUAUAUACAAAAGUAGAGAAUAUGAAUAAUAUAAUAAAUAAUAACACUAUUUAUAAUUAUAAUAAUACUACUAAUCAAGACGAUCUAGAUUAUGCAUAUGAUGAAGAUAAAUUGUGUAAAAAAAAAGAAAAAAAAAGAAAAGAAAAAAAAAAUAAAUCUCAAUCAUGCAACUUAAAUACACCAAAGAAAAAACGCUUUGGACAUAAUGGACCUCCAACAGCAGAAAAAUUAAGUCAACUACUUUAUGAGCAAAGUUUAUCAGUUCCACAAAUAGCUGCCAUAUAUGGUGUGCACAGAACUACUGUUGCGAGAUGGUGUCAUAAUAGAAAAAUUAUUCAAAAACAAAAUCAUUAUCAUGGAAAGAAAAAAAUAAGCACUUAA